AUGACGGGCCUAUCAUCAUCUGAAAAUGGUUCCACGGAGCCUGAUGAGAGAGCAGCAUUGCUCGGCGACAUUGCUCGCAGUAACUCCGGCCUCCGUCCGCGACAGCAGAAGCAGCACUGGUCUCACUGGCCGAGGCGUGUGGCUCAUUUGACCUGGUCAACUCUCAUUCGCGAUUAUGUCAAUGUUCUGCUCAUUUUCGUGCCACUCGGUAUCGUCUCCGGUGCUCUCCAUUGGGACAGCACGGUCAUUUUCACCUUGAACUUUCUAGCAAUCAUCCCUCUGGCCUCUCUUCUGAGUUUCGCGACUGAAGAAUUGGCAGCCACCAUGGGCCAAGCCCUGGGAGGCUUGAUGAAUGCCACGUUUGGCAAUGCCGUGGAGUUGAUCGUCAGCAUCAUUGCGCUGAAAGACAACCAAAUCCGCGUGGUCCAAGCCAGUAUGCUUGGUAGCAUCCUGUCCAACAUUCUGCUCGUUCUCGGCUGCUGCUUCUUCGUUGGUGGUCUUAAGUACUCGCAGCAAUCUUUCAAUAGCACAGUAGCGUCGACCAUGUCAUCCCUGAUGACGGUUUCGUCUGCUUCGCUGAUCAUCCCCGCCACCCUUUACGCCUCUUUGAGUGGCUCCAAUGAUAAGGAGCAAAGACGUGACAACAUCCUGAUCCUCUCCCACGGAACUGCCAUCAUCCUUUUGGUUCUCUAUGUGAUGUACCUCUACUUCCAGCUCAAGUCGCAUGCGGAGCUCUUCGAAGCAGCCAACGAUGAGCUCAAUGAUACAGAGAACCAGGGCGGCGAAGUAGAAGAGGCUGAGGAGGAGGAGGAGGAGCACUUGCUCAGUCCGUGGGCGGCCACUGUUGCAUUGAUUGUCGUCACGGUCUUGGUUGCUAUCUGCGCCGACUAUCUGGUUGGAAGUAUUGACAGCAUUGUGACGAAGACUGGCAUGAGUCGCACGUUCAUCGGUCUGGUUCUCAUUCCCAUUGUUGGAAAUGCCGCAGAGCAUGUGACCGCUGUUGUUGUCGCCUGGAAAGGAAAAAUGGAUCUUGCCAUUGGUGUUGCCAUCGGAAGCAGUCUUCAGAUCGCUCUGUUUGUCACGCCAUUCCUGGUCAUUCUUGGAUGGAUUAUGAACGUGGAUAUGACCCUUCAUUUCCAUAUCUUCGAGACCAUGGCCUUCUUCAUCUCUGGACUGGUCGUGACAUUCCUGAUCCAGGACGGAAAGUCGAAUUACCUCGAGGGUGGACUGUGCUUGGGAAUGUAUCUAAUUCUGGCAAUUGCCUUCUACAUCUACCCAGACGAUGUCAACGAAGACGCCCUGUUCAACCACUAA